AUGGCCGACAACGUUCUGAAUUCCAGUGCUGAAAUUGGCGCCCAAGCUGUCAAUGUGCGUGCAGAAUUGAAAACAUGGGAGAAAGCCUUCGCGUCGGCCAAUGGGGGCCGCAAAGCUGGACGCGAUGACAUCAAACAAAACGCAGAUAUCGCUGCUAAAUACAAGGAAUACAGUCGCCUCAAGGCUCUUGAGGCAUCCCUACGCCGUCGCGAAAAUAGUCGACCAGAGCCCUAUGAUAGUCACUCAAAAAAGCGGAAACAUGCAUCUCCCCCCAGUCAGGAUGGUGCAUUUCUUCAAGUCACACCCCGCAAAUCAUCCAGAGGACUCUUUGCGACGCCAUCCAACAAUCGCACCAAGCAACACCCGGCGCAACUAGAUCCGUAUGACUCGCCGUCGACUCUUCGCAGACUCUUUAGUCCCAGCACACAUCGACAAGGAUUACCAGCACCCUCGCCAUUCAAAGUCGCAAUCGGGCCUACGCCUCAGCGUGACGGAAAGACAUUAGGGCUAUUCGAUAUGCUAUCUGAAUCUGGUGGGAGUAGUGGAACGCCUUCUGCCACAAGGCAAACGAAUAACCUAACAGCCACGUUCCAAACACCAUCCAAACGAAGACCUGUGAACACAAUUCCCGAAGACCCGGAAGAAGAAGCUCAGCAUGAGACCCCCAGACUUGCGCGGACCCCUGCGUCUGAAACCAAGCAGUUCUAUCUUGCAAAUUUAUUCGCAACACCGACGACAAUGCGUUAUGCCGCCAUAGUAGAAGCAGAGGAUAAUGCAGAUGCACAGAAAAAGAAUUCGCUGAACCCUGCGCCUGAAAUAUCACCACAAGAAGCGCAGUCUGGGACACCAUCUUUCCUCCGUCGCUCUAACUCCGGUCGCUAUCCGCCACCUAGCGCAAUGCCUGAUGUUCCAGGACUCAGUCCUAUUGUUUCACGCAAGCCGCAAAGAUUUGCCAGUAAGGGGUUAACGCACUUGGUCCAAGGACUGCGAGACAUGGAGGAGGAUCGCAUGGACGACGACUGGGAUGUGAUGCGCGAGAUGGAGGAAGAGGCGGAAGCGGAAGAAGCCGCCAAGCUCCAAGUUGAGGACAGUCAAGGGCCAGACAUGAACCGAAAAUACAAGAAGAAGGGUCAGAAGCGGACAACCCGAAGGGUGAUCAUGAGGCCAGUGAUUCAUCAACCAAAGCCUAAACCAAACCCAGCUCCUGCGAUGGAGGAGGACUGGGAACACGAGGACGACCUUGUAGCAGUUCCGGAGACGCAGCAACCACCUGCUACCAACGACAGCUGGGAUGAUGUCUCAAGUGAUAUAGAGCGGGCAGACGAGGCUGCUUCACUUCAUUCCAUGUCGGAGCCCGAGCUUGACACUGAGGCUGAGUUUGAUCCGGACUCGGAUGAGGAUCCCGAAUUCGGAGAACAACCAAAGCCCGUGGCUAGACCGAAGAGUUUCUCGGAGAGAAUCAAGGAAGCUGUUUCGUCUGCCUCGAAGCCUGAUGAACAACAACCCCUAGGAAAACCUCCGAAAAAGCCUUCCGAGACUGCUGAAUCAAAGAAACCUCGUGCCCGGAAGAUCAAACCCGAGGCUCAUGCGAAUUAUCGAUCAAUAAGCAUCAACAGAGGUUCCUCGCGGGGUAGAGGCCGUUUUCGCCGGAAGUAA